AAUGAGGUGCUCAAACGCUUACUGAGAUUCCCAUAGGCAGCAGCACAGCGAUUAGCAGCGCUGAUUUCUCUAUUAAAACCGGAUAAAAUAUAUAUUUUGAUAGAUUAUACUUUACUUAUCUACGAGUAUAGACUGUUUCCAAUAUAAGGGCAGCUGCAAGGGGAAGAUAAGAGUCCUACAACCCCGGUAAACUCGCGCUAAAGAAGAACGCUAUCUGUAUAUCUGGGUUAGCUGGUGUUAGCGCUAACUGGCUAACGGAGCUCCAGCGGGAGAAUGAUGGAUCUGUCCCCGGAUCUGUGGUUCCUCCUGCCCGCUGUGCUCUUCACGCUGCUCGCUGUGGUCACUGGAGCUCUGGUUCUCAGGAAAACUGCAGGUUCUAAUAAACCCGGACAGUGCUGUGCUCCCCCCAGACCACAGGGGGCGCUCUCACACUGCAGAGAGACAGAGGACAAACAGGUGUGUUCACAGGUGCUGCUCUCAGGUGAAAGAACUGGAUCAGAGUCUAAAGAUCAUCAGGAGGAGGAACACUUUAAACUACAGCAAACUAACACUGCUAAUACACCUGAAGCUCCAGCAGCAGGUAAUGAUGAGUCUGCAGACAUUCCCUCAGUAAAAAAAGGGUGUGAAGAGGAAAAGCCCCUCAGGUACAGGCCUGGAAUGCUGCGGACGAGUCAGCUGGAGAAGAUGAUGAGUAAAGAAGAGCUGGAGGAGGAACGGAGAGUUCAGCGGGAGCAGCUAAUCGCUAUCUUCAAACUUCUUCAAGAUAAUCAGGAGGCGUUUGGUGAGGUGACGGAGAACGACAUGGAGGAACAGCUAAAACUUUACUCCAUCUAAAACAUCUCCACAAAAACUGAACUGAGCUUUCAGUGAGAAAAUAAAACACAAACCUGCUGAACCUAAACAGCCAGAAUCACUGCUGUUCAGAGGCUUUUCACUCCAGCACUGGAAACAUAAUUAAAACAUGUAUAUAUAUUUUUGGACUAUAAAGUAUUUCAGAUUUGAUUGGCUGUGGAUUGUGGAGGUAUUAGAGAUGUGCUGAGAUUUCUCCAGAUUAAAUCACACCUGUGUAUCGCGAUACUGGAUACAGGUAACCAAAACAAAUGUUUGACACGACACAGGAGAUUCAGUCAUAGGUUGCCUGCUCUACACAGUUGGGCCGGUUGAAUACAGAACCCUCACUGGGGGGGUUGUGACAGAAGUUGUUGGAUUUAUGAUAAAACAAGCUGCAGUAUGAUGAUAAAAUAUAAAAAAAUCUCCUGCACUUUUGCAUUUUGGGAGUUUCAAUCAAAUAAAAUAUUUUCUAAAGUAUAUUUUAAACUUUAAAAACAUAUAUAAAGUCUCAUCUCAUGAAUCUGUUGCUGCACAGUGUACAGUGUUGAUCAACCUCUAGUGCUUCAUCAGUGACUACAGGACUCCCUUGCAGGACUCUAACCCACAGGACGCUUCCCACAGGAUGCUGCCCACAGGACACUUGCCUACAGGACACUUGCCCACAGGACUCUAGCCCACAGGACGCUUCCCACAGGAUGCUGCCCACAGGACCCUUGCCCACAGGACUCCCUCACAGGACUCUAGCCCACAAGACGCUUCCCACAGGAUGUGCACCCACAGGACACUUGCCUACAGAACUCCCCCCGCAUAGGACAAUUCUCCACAAGAUUCCCCACCACAGUAUGCUGCCCACAGGUCUUCCCCCUACAGGACACUUGCCUACAGGAAACUUGCCCACAGGACACUUGCCCACAAGACACAUGCCCACAAGACUCUACACCCAGGAUGCCGACCACAGUACACUUGCCCACAGGACCCUUCCACAGGGCUCCCCCCUACAGGACACUUGCCUACAUGAAAACUUGCCCACAGAACACUGCCCACAGGACGCCCCGUCACAGUACGCUGCCCACAGGACACUUGCCUACAGGACUCCCCCCCACAUAGGACAAUUGUCCACAGGACUCCCCCAAAGGACACUUGUCUACAGGACUACCUGCUAAAGGAUGCUGCCCACAGGAUGCUUUCCACAGGACUCUGCCCACAGUACACUUACCCACAGUACAUUUACCCACAGGAUGCCCCUAAAGAACAUUUACACACAGGACUCCCCCCUACAGGACACACCACAGGACUGUGCCAACAGGACUUUUGCCCAGGACAGUGUUAGCUGGAUAUCACUGAUUGGUGCAGCAGUGAUGUGUUUAAAAACCCGUUCACUAUGGGAUCCCAGGUUGUUAUGGUGCUAUGGUGUCGCAAUGUGGUUGCUAGGUAGUUUUGCUAGGUGGUUGCUAAGGUGUUUCUAGAUUGUUGAUCAUGGUAUCCAAAGUCCGAGCUAACAGAGAACAUUAUCGAGAAGGUUUAGCAAUGUUUUGAUAAGGUUGCAGGACUCGUGACUUUUACCACACCAGUGUCUCCAGUUUUAGCGGACAAUAGAAAAAUCCCUUUAUAUAUUUAUAUAUAUAUGAGUUCUCUGUGUGUGUUUAUUGUUAUAGAACCAGUUCCUUCAUUUCGUAACGUUUAAACAGUGAUUCCAGCAUCACCAAAUAAUCCAUGUGUAAACUCUUCAUGCGUUAGUGUUUAUUCAGUGUGUCACUUUUUACUUUACUAUGCAUUCAGCAGAAAUAUAUACAGCAGUAUUUUUUACUUUAUAACUUUAUAUUUUUAAGUAUAUUUUAAGUUAAAGCUUAAUGCAUUUAUAAGGGCUUCAUACUACAUAUACGCCUAUAUGAAUAACGUAUUUAUAAAGCGGUAUGCCAGGACUCAACAUGUCAUUCAGUGAUUUAUAAAAAUUAAAUGGGAUUGUAUUGAUACAAUAUAUAUCGUCGACGUCCAAUGAAAAUCAAGUAUCUCAGUUUUUGUCCAUUUUUAGUUUAAUAUAUAAUUUGAUUGGAAAAAGAAAUCCUUAAAUAGUGGAAAAAUUUCUUGAUGAACGAACCAAUAGAAAUACUUAAAAAUAACCUGAAUAAACUAUUUUUACAUUGACUUCCAUUAAAAGUUUAAAAUGUAUUUUUUAUCUCCUGUAAAGUUUCUGUUUUAGAGAUACUUGUUUUUCAUUGGACAACGACAAUAUAAACAGUUUGCAUCAGCCAUUCUCACCUGUUGGUUUGGGGACAACUUGUAAAAAGUAAAUUAAAAAUUAAAAAAUAAAAUUUAAAAUUAAAAAUAAUGAAUGUU